AAGUGUGUUUUAAUGCAUUUAGCCUUCAAAUUUUUAUGCACUUUAAAGUGCAUAAAACAGUAAAAUACAUUACAUUUGUGACCAAAACGCAUGAGGGUAAUGCACUUCAAAGUGUGUUCAGAUCUGGGACAUCAUUUAUGCACUUGAAGUGCAUUCCAGUAACACACUUCUUUUUACAGUGUAGUAAAUAUAUAAAAGAAGAUUAAAUUUACACAAGAAAAGUGAAUAAUGACUGACGAAAACGGAAAAUUAAAUAAACGUAAAAGAUACAAGCAGUAUUUGGAACCAAAUUACAAUCCACAUGAAGUCAGUGCACAAACACAUGUUAGAUGGAGUCAGAGAUCAUUAAGUACACCCCUGCUGUUACAUGGUAAUUAUCUUAAUUUAAUAAUUUAUUGUUUAAAUAAGGUGAUAUUGCAAAAAUACUGUCGAACUAUUUUGUUAUCAUGUUUGAGAUGAUUUGAGAAGAAUGAAUUUGAGAAGAUGGUGGAUCUCAAAUAUAAAGUAAAGUAUUUCAUAUUGUUUUUCAAAUAGGGCCCUCUACUUCAAAUGAACCUGAUGAAAUGGAUAUUACCAGUUUAGAAGAAGAAGAAAUUAUUUUAUCAGAUAACGAAACAGUUGAAUUUCUUACAUCUCAAGACUGUACUUUCAAAAAUCUACAACAAGAAGACAUGGACACCUGCAAUAUAGAAAAAAUUGACGAGGAAGAAACCAACAGACAAUUUAAUCGAUCAAUGUCUAUUGAUUCCAAUGACUUUUUUUUCUCCGAUAAUGAGUCAAUCAAUUUGGAAAGUUCUGAUAUUGACAACGACGAUGUAUCUGAUAAUGAACAAUCUACUGAAUGUAAUGAAGAAACAGAUAUUGGCUUCUCCAAACUUUUUAAUUAUGGAAAAGAAAUUAUGUUUCCAAAUGCUGCGCUUUGUGUUUCUGAUGUGCUUUUUAUGAUAUUAGGAUUCUGUUUGCGUUUUUCUCUUUCUGACACAGCUCGAAUAACUUUAAUUGAAUUUGUAAAAGUCUUAGCUGUGCCCGAGUUCAAAGACUGGCGAUUCUCAAAAUACAUGUUUUCUCAAUUAUGUGAUGCUCCUGAUGAUGUUACUAAGUACAAUUUUUAUUGUACAACUUGUGCUGUUUGUUUAUUACCAUCCACUUCGAAGAAAAAAUUUAAAAAUACAUCAUCUACGUGUAAGAAGUGCGGUCAAAACUUUAAGUUAAGCAUGUCAUCAACAAAUUAUUUUAUCUCAGUUGAUUUAGAAUAUCAGUUAAAGUUAUUGUUGAAGAAUAAAGAUGUCAAAAGAUCAUUAAUAAAAUAUAGUAAAAAAAUUCGAGAAAAUGUUAAUGAUAGCUUAAACUUAAUACGCGAUGUAUACGAUGGUCAAUUGUAUAAGAAAGUUAUAAAUUUUUUCAAUAAGAACAGUAAUUCUUCGUUUACAAUAACGUUAUCUUUUAAUACUGAUGGUGCUCCGAUUUUUCACAGCUCUAAGAAAUCCUUUUGGCCCAUACAAUGCUUCAUUAAUGAACUUCCUCCUAAACUUCGAUACAAAUAUCCCCUUCUUUGUGCCCUGAGCAUAGAUAAUCGAGAACCUUUACCAACCCAAAUGCAAUAUUUCAUGCACAAAUUUGUAGAUCAAUCACUGCAUUUAAUGAAUGAAGGCUUUCAUUGCACAGAUUUGAAUGACCAAGAUAUGAUAAUAAAAGUUGUUCCUUUACUAUGCUGUGUGGACUCUGUUGCUCGAGCAGUGAUUCAAAAUCGAGUUCAAUUCAAUGGAUAUUGUAGUUGCAGUUGGUGUUAUGCACAAGGUAUACAUAAAGAAAAUUGUGUACGGUAUCCAAUUUUGAAAGAAGAUGAUGAUGAUGAUAUUAGAACUGUUGAGAGUCAUAAUACAGACGUACGAAAAGCUAUGAAGUCAGGAAAUUGGAUUAAUGGAGUAAAAGGGGAAAGCAGUUUAAUGACGUUAAUACUAUUUAAUAUGGUGUGGGGAUUUCCCUGUGAAUAUAUGCACGGAGUUUUAAUUGGUGUAGUUAAACAGCUGUUUCAAAUAUGGACUGACUGUAAUUCUUCGUGGCACUUUACUAAAGACCAAAGAAAAAAAAUUAACGAUAUAAUUUCUAAAAUUACACCAUCUCAUGAAAUUCAUCGAUUACCUAGAUCUUUUUUAGAUAAAGCUAAAUGGAAGGCUUCUGAAUGGCAGUCGUGGUUGUUAUUCUAUAGUCUUCCAUGUUUGGAAUGCAUUUUGCCUGAUAUUAAUUCACAAAUUGAUAAGAAAACCAGUAUAAAUAUUAUUUAACACACUUCAUUGUUGGUGAGAUCCAUUUUCAUUCUUCUUAAAAAGUCAAUAUCUUCUAUAGAGUUGCAGCAAUGUGAAUAUGAUAUUUUAAAAUUUGUUGGUGAAUUUGAAUUAUUAUAUGGGGUUGGUAAUAUGACAUUUAAUGUACACAUUUUAAUUCAUCCAGUACAAUCAGUUAGAAUGUCAGGACCCCUAUGGGCAACAUCGGCAUUUCCAUACGAAAAUGGUAUCUUUUAUUUAAAAAGGCAGGUUACUGGCCCAAAGGGAAUUUACGAUCAAAUUGCUCGCCGAAUGCUGCAGAGGAAUUCAUUUAAAAUUUUAUGGAAGCAGACAAUACAAACUGAAUCUGCAGCUAACUUUUGUGACUCGCUUUUCUCUAUUAAACAAUAUGUACAAACAACGAAAAGAGGAACCGCUGACAAAGAUGUAUUACUCUUAGGACCUAGUUCAAAUGGACGUUUUUACGCAAAAUGUAUUUACAAAGGUACAAUAUAUUGUGGAAGUGAAUAUACUAGAACCAAAAAAACAAAUGAUACAGUUAUUCAGUUAAAAAAUAAUUCAAUUGUAAAAAUAGUCAAAUUUAUUUACGAUUCAGAAACAUCUAUUCUCGUCGAAGCUAAAAAAAUGUGUAUUGAUGCGGAGCGAAGAGUUUUAUUCGAUGUUCCACACUUAAUGUGUGCAAAAUUAACUGAAGAACUUAUUAUUAUACCAAUUCAUGAAAUCAAAGAAAAGUUAAUAUUAAUAGAAAUAGAAGAUAAAAUUUACGUUAGUUGUAUUCCAUUUCUUGUUAAUAUUUCAUAAAAUUUUUUAAAUAAUUAUGUAAUUUUACAAUUUGACGUAUAACAUACUUCAAAUAAUAUUAAUAGUUUCAGUAAAAAAUAUAUGAUUGUUUUUUUUAUAAACCUUUUACACCAUUUUCAAACAAUGCAGCUACGUAGCUUAUGAACGAAACUAAACGCUGGAUGUAUUGGAAGGUGUUGUAUACAAUUCUUUUCAUAAGAAACUCAUAAAAUUUUA